AUGGCAGCGGACUUGCGGGAGGCGCUGGAGCGGCGGCUGCGGAACCUGGGCAUCGCCACCGUCACCGCCGAGCACCCCCAGGUAUGGCAGCCUCUCGAACAAUGUCCACACGUCCAACACAUGAAAGGAGGUCACAGGAAAAAGUUGUUUCUUAAAAAGAAGAAAGGGUUAUGGCUGGUGAUGGUCAAUUUAAACGAACUCGGUAAAAAACUGGGUGUUGGAAGUUGAAACCUUAGGUUUGCUGAUGAAAAUGCCAUGCUGGAAAAACUCAGAGUGGGUCAGGGUUGUGCCAUGCUGCUCACCCUGUUCUGUGACCAGGAUGAUGUGAGGCUGGUGCUGGAUGCUGCCUUGGUAGAAGGGGGCCACGAAAAAUUCUAUUUUCAUCCAAUGACAAAUUCUGCAACCAUGGCUUUAAGCCCCGAUGACUUCCUGAAGUUUAUGAGAUCGACAGGCCACAAUCCCAUCAUCGUACACUUCGAUGAAGACAUCGAGUAG